GUCCCGCUGGGCGGCUGAGUGUCAUUCCUGUUUGGUCCUUGCCGGAGGUGUUGGGGGAUGCGGCCUCCCGGGAGCCAGCUUCCUCCCCGCUGCCGCUCCCCAACCCCCGCGCAUCCUCCUCUGGGCUCUGAAAACCCAAGGCUUCCCAGAACAGUUUAGGAUCAGCCGCAGGACUACAGCUAGCCAGCUGCGUGGAGCUUUGGGGAAGGACAGUAGCUCGCUCCAAGGUAGCAGCGGAGCCUCGGGCUUGAGCAAAGGGGAGGGAAGGGCGUGUGCGUGACAGACCGUGGCGGGGGGUGGGGUGGGGGUGGCUGUCUGGAUCUGAGCAAAGGAGAGGGCAGGGGAUUGAGGCAGAGCUCUCUGGGUGUCCCCGCCCGCUCCUGCUCCCUGGCGCCCUUCACCAUGGAAUUGCGCGGAGUUGGGAUGGACCACUGCAGCCACCGGGAGCUGGCUGUCGGGCUCCGGGAUUCGGCAGGUACUCGCGCUUGGAUGGCGAGGUAGGAUGGCCGAUCAGCGCUAUCCCCACGGUCUCCACGCAGCGGUCCCCCAGAGGUGCCGCUGACUCUCGAAGCGCACAGGGGUGUGGGCGGAGGCCCAGCCGCGCCCGCACCUUCGCCAGUCUUUUCGCCUCUUCCACCUACUGGCACCAGCCGCUGCGCGGAUACCAUGUCUAAGGCGGCUGGAGGCGCGGCGCCAGGGGCGGAAAGUUCUCCCUCUGCUCAGGCCGGCGCGACGACACCCGCGGGUGUGGAGGAUCUAUCUAAAGUGACGGACGAAGAGCUGCUGCAGUGGAGCAAGGAGGAGCUGAUCCGCAGCCUGCGGCGCGCUGAAGCCGAGAAGGUGAGCGCGAUGCUGGACCACAGCAACCUCAUUCGGGAGGUCAACCGCCGCCUGCAGCUGCAUCUCGGCGAGAUCCGAGGGCUCAAGGAUAUUAACCAGAAGCUCCAGGAAGACAAUCAGGAACUGAGAGACCUAUGCUGUUUCCUGGAUGAUGACCGGCAGAAAGGCAAAAGGGUCUCCCGGGAGUGGCAGAGAUUGGGUCGCUACACCGCUGGAGUGAUGCACAAGGAAGUGGCCUUAUACUUGCAAAAGCUGAAGGAGCUGGAGGCGAAGCAGGAGGAGGUGGUGAAGGAGAACAUGGAGCUUAAGGAACUCUGUGUGCUGCUGGACGAGGAGAAGGGCGCAGGAUGUGCUGGCAGCCGCUGCUCCAUCGACAGCCAGGCCAGCCUGUGCCAGCUGGUGGCCUCUGCUGCCCCCUAUGUGCGGGAUGUGGGUGAUGGCAGCAGCACCUCCAGCACUGGCAGCACUGACAGUCCUGACCACCACAAACACCAUGCCAGCGGGGGUAGCCCUGAACAUUUACAGAAGCCCCGGAGCGAGGGCAGCCCAGAGCACACCAAACAUAGGAGCACUAGCCCUGAGCAUCUACAAAAACCCAGGGCUUCCGGGACCCCAGAUCACCCCAAAGCACUGAAAGGAUCCAGCCCUGAGCACCACAAAUCCUUGUGCAAGGGCAGCCCUGAGCAGCAGAGGCACCCACAUCCAGGGAGCAGCCCAGAAAUGCUGCCCAAGCACGUGUUGAGUGGGAGCCCCGAACAUUUCCAAAAGCACAGGCCAGGAGGCAGCCCGGAACAUACCAGGCACAGUGGAGGCAGCCCCGAGCAUCUUCAGAAACAUGCCCUUGGUGGGAGCCUGGAGCACCUCCCCAGAGCUCGGGGAACAAGCCCAGAGCAUCUCAAACAACAUUAUGGGGGCAGCCCUGAUCACAAACAUUCAGGAGGCAGUGGAGGCAGCGGCGGGGGCAGCAGGGAGGGCACCCUCCGGCGGCCUGCUCAAGAGGACUCAUCACCCCAUCACCGGAGUGUCUACAGCGGCAUGAAUGAAUCAACAUUGUCCUAUGUUAGGCAGCUGGAGGCCAGAGUCAGACAGCUGGAAGAAGAAAAUCGCAUGCUGCCCCAGGGUUCUUUUAGGUUGUCAUCAGGGGCUGAUGGGAAUAACAGUUCACCCAACUCUCCAGCUAGCUUCAGUGGACAUACCACACCUUCUCAGCAGCCUGAACCUGUGGUACAUUCUCUUAAGGUUGUAUGGAGGAAACUUGGAGAUGCUGCAGGCUCGUGUCCUGGAAUUAGGCAACAUUUGUCAGGAAAUCAGUACAAAGGGCCUAUGUGAGAAGCACUGCCUUCAAACAUGACAUCAUCACUACUAGAGACAACAGAAAAAGAAGAUGAAGAAGAAAUUCACUUUCUACAAAAUAGAACUCAUGACAUCACAUGGAGUGAUUGUACAUUGCUAAUUCUCCCCUCUAAAUCCUUCAGUGUACCUUCCCCCAUACGGCUAAUACGUGCUAUACGUCUCAACUUUAGUGUUCAUAGCAAUCUCAAGGUAGCUGUGGAAAAUCGUUUUAGUAUUAAUACUUUUAUGACAGCUGAAAUGUUUUUGACUCUUUAUAACCAUGAUUGACAUAUUGGGUAAUAUACAUGGUUGGAUGAGUCCAGUAGAGCCUCUGUGGCUUUGAUAGAGGUCGUUCACUUUAUCUAAUUGUAGGAACUUUCUACUGUGUGGAAGAUAUGAAGAAGUGUUUUUGAGCAUACAACCUGGGUUGGGAAGCUCCCUCAUAUAUAUAGCAGUUGAGGAAAAAUUGCUUCCUGAGGAAUAAUUAGUUGGAUGCAAGAUAAUAUUUGGUUUCUCAUUUGAAUUCUGAGGUGCUAAAAAAUAACAAAAAAUCUUUUACAAGCUAGAAAGGUAGGAGGAAUUUUUAGAGUGCGUAGCAGAGAGUAUCAUUUAUUUUCAAUUGGUCAAAAUAAAUAAUUUAAUUUUGAUGAGUUGUUUAUAAAGGCAUGUCUUUGGACCAUACAACGCUUCAUAUAUAUUCAACCUAUCAAUGUCAACUAAUAAGGAAAUGAGCUUAAUUUUUCUAGGUGUUUCAAGCUGUGAGAUUGUCUAUUUCUACAAUUUAAUUUCUAGACAAGCAGUAUACUUAAUAAACUUUAAGUAAAAUUUAAAGUCUUGCACUGCUCUAGGAAACAGAAGCUUUCUUUGCCUAUCACUGCAGCUAUCUAAUGUCUUAGGAAGCUAACGCAUGUCCAUUAUUGAGGCUAAAUUCUCUUGUUCAGAUUGCUUGAGAUGUGUGCUAGCUUUGCUAGUUUUCUGACUAUUGGUAUAGAUGUAUAAUAUUAGAAUGUGUGUACUGGAAAUGCUAUGAUAUUUUGUGUUUAUCUAAAUUCAAUGAUAGUUUCUUGUAUGAAUGUUCAAGAGGCCUGUGACAGAAUGCUGUUUUUACUGUAGUUUAAGAUUUGAAAGUAGGAUGCAACAAUUCAUGGAUAGCUUCUAAACUUAUUAUUUGACUCACAGUCAAUAUUCCUCAUUGUGUAUAAAUGAAAUGGUCUUAUUAUAUAAAUUAUUAAUUAUCAGAAGAAAUUUGUCAUAGUAAAAAAUAGGUAAUUGUGAUUUUCAAAACUUCCCUCUAUUUUAAGAAAAUAUUUAUGAGUUCAUUUAGUAUAGAAGGACCUGAGAUAUUACUAAUUAUAUUCCUAAUUAUCAUAAUUGAGUUAUAAUUUAAGAUUCUUACUUUAAACUGUUAUAGAUUUAGUGUCUAAGAGAAAAUUCUUUUAUACACACACACAUACACACACACAAACUCACAUAUACUUUCUCACAUAGAAACAUCCUUCAAUUGUUGUAUUCCUAUAGUCUGAAGACAUUUAAACAAGCUUUUGUGCUUGCAGCAGAACCUGCAGUAGUGAUACAAAUGACAUUGGUCUUUUGACAAAAUACUUGUGUAAAUUUUGAUACUGUAUUAAAACUAUUUUUUUAAAGUUCUACAUAAAAUUGAGUAUUAAGUAUAUGUGUUCAU